GUCAGCAGCCGGUGCAGUAAUAAGAAUAAAGACGCCAGCUUGAAGGCGUGAUGGUCCACAGUGAUGAACGUCAUCAGAGGGCAGCAGGAGGCGACUCGUGUUAGUGAUUCCGCUUUAUUCUACAGAAUUUGGAUCUCACCGGACAAAGAUGGGGUGUUCCUCGCUGCUCCUCAUUACUCUGAUUUUGUGUCUGACCUCACUUGGAAGCUUUUCAGAUUCACACGGACACUACUUUUCACUUGGAAGCAAGCAAAACCCACACAGUGAAGCCAUCCUCCAUGAGGGACACAGCAGACCGGAUCAGACUGGAACGGGACAUCCCGCUCAAGAGGAGCAAACUGGAAACCAAGCAGGGUUAGGAUUGACCCCAAUUGGAUCCACCGCUGUUACGCUACCUCGCUUCAUGGGGCCUGGGGCCUCUGGAGCUGCAGGCGCUAAUACUUCAGUUACAAUACUUCAGCCCCGGGACGGGCGCCUCAAAACUACAAGUGCUGGUAGCGGUGCCAUAACUGGUCGGGACCACCCUGUUCAAACUCGUGUGUUUACUUCAGCGACAAAAGACAACGUGUCACGAUCUGCACGAUGCGUUCAAAGACCUUGCGUCCUUCUCACCAACUACAACGGCACCAACCUGCUGUGGGACGACAUGAGACGCACGCUGGCGUUCGCCUGGGAAAUCCACGUCUUCGGCUCGGCCGGACUCUUCAUUCUGAUGGCGUUCCUGGCCGUUUUUGGACUGGCCGGUGCCUCCACUCUCCCUUACCCCCACUGCGGUGCUCUGAUGCUGGCUAACAGCAUCUUGAUUAUGAGUGGUGCUCUGCGGGCCGUCCACUUAUUGCUGGAUCCUUACGGCACCCGUGAGAUCGUGUCUCACGCUGUCCUUGCCGCGCUGCAGAAUGUCCCCAUGCAGAUGCUUUUGUGGGUUCAGGUCACUCUCACGCUUGUCACGCCCAGGAGGUUCAAACUGUGCCUUUUCCCAGUUACGCUUCAGCAGCCUCAGGUGGUUGCAGGGUUCCUUGUCUCACACUCCGCGCUUCUUUUAGCGGCGGACUUGCUUUUCACGGAUUUACUACCACUCCUCCCUCUUUUGCUGCAGACUCUGUCCCUUUGCUGGGGGCUCCCGUUCUGCAUGGAAAUCCUCACCAAGUCCCUUUCCCGUGUGAAUAUGUUCCUCAGGUCAUCACUUCCUCAUGGGGUUCCUUCGCAGAGGAUCGAGAUGUGCGCAAAGAGAGUCACGGCCGUGUGCGCCUGCAUGGGGAUUGUCUGCUGCAGUCUUCAGAUGUUUAAUCUCCUUUGGCUCUACGGGCUCAUGGGGAACUGGAGGCGCUUCGGUUGGGGCUGGUGGCUCGGUCAGUUCUGGGCCAGGAUCCUCGAGUUAGCAUGGGGGUUCUCAUUGCUUGUUUUGGGUUCCUGGAUCUUCUGGAUGCCAAACAGGAGGCGUGUUAGACGCAAGGAGUCCAAGAUACUGAGCUUGUGGGACAGGGUCUUAGCAUGUGUCCAUCGAGGGCAGAUGAAGCGGCGUGAGAAGAAAUGGAAAGAGCUGAUGCCGAAUAACUUCGCAGAGCAUAACUUCUCUCGAGCGAGUUUCACCGCCAACGUGAUGUGUCCAUACGGUGACCCGCCGUCUGUCAUCGUAUCAGAAUACAAGCACGAUGCUUCCGGAAUCCGAUCCGACUGCGACACUCAGGCCGCUCUCCUGUGGCAAAAAGUAGGUGAUCGUGAAUGCAUUCUGUCGCUCAUCGAGUUCGAUACGAGGCCGCCGUCUCCCGUCGACUUGAGGCGCAGCAUCGACUGUGCUCUUCAUCACGGACAGCUCCUGGCCGGGAGUCUGUUCACGCCACCUCCUCCCUCUUGGACGCACUGUAACGGAGAGAACGGCACGGCGGCAUUCCCCCCGGCUUAUGUUGGCUACAGCUGGAUGAUGGACACCGAAUCCAUCCCUGCAUCUCUGGACCACUUCCAAGCCAGGGAACCAUCACAGUCGCUCACCGAUCCCAGUUGCAAUGGGCAGUCUCCAAAACGGGAACGGGAACAGGAAGAGGAGCUAAGCUCAAGUUUAUCAACGCCGUCACAUCGGAAUGAUUGGUCCGAUGAGGACGUCACCGACUUUUAAAAAUGUACAAGUGGUUAGUGUGCAGGCCUCACAGCGAGGACACCCGAGUUCAAUUCCACCCUCGGUUUUCUCCGGGUACUCCGGUUUCCUCCCACAUUCCAAAAACAUGCUAGGUUAAUUAGCGACUCCAAAUUGUCCAUAGGUAUGAAUGUGAGUGUGAAUGGUUGUUUGUCUAUAUGUGCCCUGUGAUUGGCUGGCCACCAGUCCAGGGUGUACCCCGCCUCUUGCCCAAAGACAGCUGGGAUAGGCUCCAGCACCCCCGCGACCCUCGUGAGGAUAAGCGGUAGAAAAUGAAUGAAUGAAUGAUUCGGUUGAGCUGGUUUCAUAAUUACACCUUUUGAGUGUUAAGUUGGUGUGUGAUGAGUUUAGUGUUCUUUGUAAGAACACUAACACAUUCCAAAAACAUGCUAGGUUAAUUAGCGACUCCAAAUUGUCCAUAGAUAUGAAUGUGAGUGUGAAUGGUUGUU